AGUUGGGACCACAUAGACAGGUUCCCAAUACGUUGUGGAGUACCUGUGUUACGCAAAAGAUCCUGCGAGGUUUUGGCAGAACAGUCGUGAUGUCUCAUCAAACUGGUAUCCACGCUACUUCUGAGCUGAGGGAAUUCUUAGCCAAAGCCCGUGGAGGAGCAAUAAGGAUAAUCAAAAUUGUCAUUAGGAACGAGCAGCUUGUUCUGGGGUCAUACAGAGAGCCCUCUCAGAGCUGGGACCGCGACUAUGACCAUUUCCUGCUUCCAUUGCUGGACGCCCAGGAGCCCUGCUACAUCCUGUACCGGCUGGACUCUCAGAACGCACAAGGCUAUGAGUGGAUCUUCAUCUCCUGGUCACCGGACCAUUGCCCUGUGAGGCUGAAAAUGGUGUAUGCUGCCACAAGGGCCACUUUGAAGAAGGAGUUUGGUGGAGGUCAUGUGAAAGAUGAAAUGUUUGGCACAAUUCAGGAGGAUAUGUGCUUCCAGGGCUACCUUAGACACAUGUCUUCCUGCUCCUCACCAGCUCCUCUGACCACUGCCGAACAGGAGCUGCACCGAAUCAAACUCACAGAGGACAAAGUGGUGAGGGAUGAACGCAGACGGCUACCCACUCCAAUAGGACGACCCAAGGUAAUGACGGAGAUCUGUGUAGGAAACAAGCUUCAAGGUCUAGCCUUCCCUCUCCAGGAGGAGGCCAAACGAGCCCUGGUGCAGCUUAAACACAAACUCAUCAACUAUAUUCAGCUGAAAGUGAAUGUUGAGAAGGAAACCAUUGAACUAGUCCACACAAACCCCACAGAGACACGGGAUCUGCCAUUCCGCAUCCCCGCGAACGCCCCACGUUAUCACCUCUUUCUAUACAAACACUCCCAUCAGGGACAGCAUCUGGAAUCUCUGGUGUUCAUCUACUCGAUGCCCGGCCACAACUGCAGCAUUAAGGAGAGGAUGCUGUAUUCUAGCUGUCUAAACAGACUUUUAGAUGAGAUGGAGCGAGACUACCAUCUUGAGGUCAUCAAAAAGAUGGAGAUUGACAGUGGUGAAGGGCUGACGGAGGAGUUCUUAUAUGAAGAAGUGCACCCCAAAUCAAAUUCUGUGAAGCAGACUUUCGCCAAGCCCCGCGGUCCCCCUGGCAAGAGGGGCAACAAGCGGCUCAUAAAAGGGGGAGGAGAGAAUGGGGAGGAGAGCUAAACUAGCACCUCAACACUCUCCAACAACAUCUGCCUCUGCUUUCCACAUUUCUUCCUUGGCUACACUAUUAACUGGCUUUAUUCUCUGCCUGAGCCAAGUUACAUUCAUACUCUCCCUCUUAUAUCUUAUUUUGCUGUACAGUGGUGACAUCACCCAUUGUAUUUCUAUUUCUACCCACACUUUGUUCCUAAUGCAGGAACCCACUCAAGACAUGGAGUCAGUGCUGAUUAAUCAGUUAAUAAGAAUGCUUAAUAUUU